UCCAAUUUACAGUUCACUGCCUUUUGUAUUUUUUUUAAAUCGGUCUUUAAGUAAUUAAACCGAGAGAGAGAAAAAAAACUCAGAUGGAAAAAAAACCUGCAUGCUUUUUCCAGCAUUCCAACUUAUUUCUCUUCCCCCCUCCCCUUAUUUUGAUUUUGUUUUCAUUGAUUGGAACUGAAUUUUAAUUCGACUCUGUGAAAGGGAUAUGAUGGGAUGUUUUGUUGGGGGGAGGUUUUUUUUUGUUGUUGUUGUUUUUUGUCUGGUUUACUUUUUUUUUCCUGUUGACUUGUUUUCCUGCAUGUUCAACAUAUAUCCCUCCCUUCCCUUCCCCCCGAUUAAAAAAAAAAAAUCUAACCUGAGAUUGUACUUUUGUACAGGAGGUUCAAAUUACAAUGACAAUUUUAUGCACUUCACUGUAUUAACAGUGUACAGCUCUCAUUUGAUCCUCCAUGGAUUAACAUUCUGCUUCUUUUAAAUACCUGUGUUGUUUUCUUUUUCUUUCACUUUUGGAAGGAGAGAGAACAUGGUAGGAUUGAAAAAAGGCCAUCCGUGGCUGCUUUCGCUCUGGGCAAGUUGGGUCUUUGUGAUAUAAAAUUAGACGAGAAAUGUGAGCUCUAGUUUUCCAAUGGCGUGCUUAGAGCCUGGGCGCUGUUAUGUAGGUUAAGGGUUAGGGAUCGCCUUGUUUUCUUUGUGUUUCUGCAAGAGUAACUAACCUUGUAAUACGUUAAAUAACAAAUAUAAAUCAAAAACAUUUUAGCAACACUCUCUCGCUCCCUCUCGCCCUCUCCGUGUCUGCCUCUCUAAGGCGAUCCUUUCUAAUCUCUCUCGUGUCUCGCUCGCUCGCUCCCUCCCCUCUCUGUUUCCCUCUCUUCCCCCUCUCUUUCUCUCUCUCCCUCUCUCCAUGUAAAUUUAUUAACCAAAAGAAAAGCCCGCAAUUCACUGAUCAGCUGAUAGACGUGGUUUUAAAUAAUAAUGCAUUUCUCUUGCAGUGGUCUGGUUGGGGUGUGUGUUUUUUGGAAGGAUUAUUCGAAAGUCAAUAAAGGCCGUUUGGGGCGAGCACUGUGUAUUUUGAAAGAACGUCUCCCCCUCCCCCUCAGCCCCUCCCGCUCUCCCCUCCCCCAAUCAAUAAGAAAUAUCAGAUGUUUAGCUGUAAAGAAGAAAAAUGCCCUCAGAAUGACACAUUCCUCUCAUAAGAGAGAAAACACAAAAGCAGCCGGGUGUGUUUAGGAAGUGAACAUUCUGGGUUCUUACCCCAGCUCCAAGCAGGAGCAUUUUAGCCGUCCAGAGGGGAAGAAUGCCACCCACACAGCCAACUCAUGGUCAGUUCGCCUUGACAAAUGGAGACCCACUCAACUGCCAUUCCUACCUAUCCGGAUAUAUAUCCCUGCUUCUCCGAGCUGAGCCCUACCCAACGUCCCGCUUUGGCAGCCAAUGCAUGCAACCCAACAACAUCAUGGGCAUUGAGAACAUUUGUGAACUGGCAGCUCGGAUGCUCUUCAGCGCAGUGGAGUGGGCCCGGAAUAUUCCCUUCUUCCCAGACCUCCAGAUCACAGACCAGGUGGCCCUGCUCAGGCUGACCUGGAGUGAGUUGUUUGUGCUCAAUGCUGCCCAGUGCUCCAUGCCCCUACAUGUUGCCCCGCUCCUGGCAGCGGCGGGCCUCCAUGCCUCGCCAAUGUCUGCUGACCGAGUGGUCGCCUUUAUGGACCACAUACGAAUUUUCCAGGAGCAAGUGGAAAAACUGAAGGCAUUACAUGUUGAUUCAGCAGAGUACAGCUGUUUAAAGGCCAUAGUCCUCUUCACCUCAGAUGCCUGUGGUCUCUCUGAUGUAGCCCAUGUGGAAAGCCUGCAGGAAAAGUCACAGUGUGCUUUGGAAGAGUAUGUUAGGAGCCAGUACCCCAACCAGCCAACACGAUUUGGAAAGCUCUUGCUUCGCCUUCCUUCCCUUCGCACUGUCUCCUCUUCUGUCAUAGAGCAAUUGUUUUUCGUCCGUUUGGUAGGUAAAACCCCCAUAGAAACCCUAAUCAGGGAUAUGUUACUAUCUGGCAGCAGUUUUAACUGGCCUUACAUGGCAAUUCAAUAAAAAAAAAAAAGAAGGGGAAUGAAACAGAGAGAAAGAAAAGGCAAAGGACUGAUUUGUUUCCUUAAAUUCCUUCUGUUAAGAAAGGAUAUAAAAGGAUGUUACAAGUUUGCUAAAAGAAGAGAGGGAAGAAUUUAAUGGACUGUGAAUUUAAAAAAAAAAAAAAAGACUGUCAAAUGAACUUUUACAGAAUGCAUUAAAAAAAACUCCUGUGUUGGUCAGAACAACUUGCUACUUAUCAUUUUUGUAUAAAAAAAAGGAAAUUAGUCUUUCUUUUUUUGGUAAACUUUUAAAAUAUCGCUAAAAGUGCAUUUAAGGAGAUUUGGAGAAAAUUAGCAGAAUGGAGAAAGUAAGUCUUUUUUUUCCAAAUUAUUAAUUGUCCUGUGUCUAUGUACCUAUAGCUGUUCUUUUUUGUAUUUUUCUGGUUCCAAACCAGUUUAUUCUGUGGUUCUAUAAUAAUUUUUGAUAUAAUCUUGGCUUCUUAAAAACUGUGUAUCCUUAAAAUAUAUGUUCUGCAAGAAUUAAAACUGAGUCCACGAAAAUAUCAUAGGAAGACAUAAAACUUUAAAAGGCUACUUAAUGAUGGAAACGCACUUAUAAGUGGUGACCAAAAUUUAGCUGAAGCUGAGAGCUCUAAUUACAGACCCAAAGGAACCACACACAACACUUAAAUACCCUCCCCCCCCCAAAAAAAAACCCUUCCCCAUAACAAACCUAGCUUUUUUUUUAUAUAUAUUUUAAGAAAGAAUGAACUGUGGAAUUUAUUGGCGGCCAAGGGAUGUGUCCAAGACACAAGCAGAAGUUUUGAAUAAAAAGUGAACUUUUGUAAUUUGAAUUGGGUCCCGCAUAGAUCUUGAAUUGUUAUGAGACUCCUAUAUCUGUUUGUAUAUUUGCAAACCCUUUGUAUUAUAAUAAUUGUUGAUAUUUUCCCUUUUUAAAAAAAUACCAUUGAAAUCAGCAUGACAAAAUAACGCUGUUGGCACUUAUAGGUAACGUGAUUGAUUCAGUAUCUUAGAGUUUACAGUUUGUGUUAAAAAACUGAAGGUUUUUUUUUUAAGUGCAACAUUUCUGUAUACUGUAAAAGUUAUAAUAACUGAACUGUUUGGUCGAGUCUUUGUGUGUUAUAUUCCAAGGAAAAUUGAAAGUAUUCAGAAAUUAAAAUAUUAUUUGAUAUCUGAA